AUGCAUGACGGGGAGAGUGAAAGGAUCUGUUGCACAGAACCCCCGACCGUCUCCCUGAGCACUGCCAGCCAGCUUCUUCAUCUCCACCACCUGCCAGUGGGAACGGGCAUCUCCACCAUCGUUUCCAUGAAUAACCAGACCAGCUCACCGCUCUCUGACUUCUCUGUCUAUCUGGCCUUUUCAGGCAUCGUUCUGCACAACGCUCAGCUGUAUGAGACCUCACAGCUGGAAAUCAGACGUAACCAGGUGCUGUUGGACCUGGCCAGCCUGAUCUUUGAGGAGCAGCAGAGUCUGGAGGUUUUACUCAGGAAGAUCGCCGGCACUAUUCUGUCCUUCAUGCAGGCGGCGGCCUGCACCGUCUUCAUCGCUGGCGAAGACUCCAUGAAUUCCUUCUCCAGCGUGUUUCACAUGGAACGGGAGGAGCUGGCUAAAGUCCUGGACGCCCCCCAGAGAGACUGUGAUGUCAGUCAGAUAAACUACAUGUACGCUCAGUACGUCAAAAACACCAUGCAGACUCUCAACAUCGCUGACGUCACCAAGGACCAGCGCUUCCCAUGGACGUGUGAAAGCUCCGAUCAGCCCGGCGGCCGGAUCAGAAGCCUGCUCUGCACUCCUAUCAGGAAUGGCAAAAAAGACAAAGUCAUAGGUGUGUGUCAGCUGGUGAACAAAACAGAUGAAACUUCCAGCAGCAUUAAGGCGUUCAACAGAAACGACGAGCAGUUCUUGGAGGCCUUCGCCAUCUUCUGUGGUCUCGGCAUUCAGAACACGCAGAUGUAUGAGACGGUGGAGAGGGCCAUGGCCAAGCAGGACGUCACCCUGGAGGUUCUGUCCUACCACGCCUCCGCCACUGAGGAGGAAACCAGGGAACUCCAGGUGGCCACAGUUCCUUCGGCUCAGUCACUGCGUCUCCUGGACUUCAGCUUCAGCGACUUCGAGCUGUCGGACGCUGAAACCACGCUGGCUACCAUCCGCAUGUUCAUCGAUCUCAACCUGAUCCAGAACUUCCAAAUGAAGUACACGAACUUGUGCCAGUGGGUUCUGAGUGUUCGGAAGAACUACAGGAAGAAUGUGGCCUACCACAACUGGAGGCACGCGCUGAACACGGCCCAGUGCAUGUUCGCCUUGCUGAAGUCUGGACGCUUCCAGGACUUCCUGACCGACCUGGAGAUCCUGGCACUAAUGAUUGCGACGCUCUGCCAUGACCUGGACCACCGAGGGGUCAACAACUCCUACAUCCAGAGGAGCGAGCACCCUCUGGCUCAGCUCUACUGCCACUCCACCAUGGAGCAUCACCACUUUGACCAGUGCCUCAUGAUCCUCACCAGUCCGGGGAACCAGAUCCUCAGCGCUCUCUCUCUGGCCGAGUACAGGAGCACCCUGAAGAUGAUCGAGAAGGCCAUCCUGGCCACGGACCUCGCCCUCUACAUGAAGAGGCGGGAGGAGUUCUUUGAGCUCACCAAGAACAACCAGUUUGUUUGGGAGGAUGAAGAUCACAGGGAGCUUCUGAGGUGA